UAAUGUAGGUAAGAUCCUUGGCCGGUCACGCCGUGCCACAUGAUUACUGGAAGAUACUUUACUGGCCCCCAAUCUGCAGAGAGAGCGGGGAUUUUCAAACCCCUCAUCUCACUUGCGUCUGAGAAAGAGCCGCCAAGGCUUGAAGACGCCGUGAAGAUUGCUCAAUUCUUCACCCAAAUGCUUAGGGUCACCAUCCUCUGCUGAGCAGCUACGAAUGACGUGUGAAAUGUGAGAGGUACUGUUCGAGACCACCUAACAUUGCGGCCAAUAUUGCAUCUUGCUCCAUAGUUUCCUCCGUUUGAGCGCAUUUAUUCUACAGGUCAACAUGGGCGAUCCAUCGACUGUCAGAGCCACUCGGAGCGGAGGGUUGCAGCAGAUUUACGUCGGCCCGAGAGUCGGAACUCUCCUCCUCGCUGUUGGUGGAGUGGGAACAAUCCCUCCAGAGCACUGGACAAAUUCGAGCGGCAAACUGUGGCUGGGCACACUGGAUGCUAAAAUUGCACAAGAUAUUGGUAUUCUGUCGUUUCCAAACAGACUUGCAGCAAACGGUGUCUUAUCUGGGAGGGAUAUCGACGAAGAAGGCGCGACUCUUCUCGCUGAGCUGCACCGUCUAGCUGAAGAUGAGACUGUGACACAAUCUCCAACUGUGCUGGUAGCUCAUAGCUUAGGUGGAUUGAUCGUGAAAAGGGCCAUCUGUCUAGCAAAGCAAAGCCCGAAUACCUAUCGCCAUGUGAUACGCAGGAUUGCUGGCUUCGUUUUCAUGGGAUGUCCACAUUCUCCGUCUCGAGAUCCGAAAGAUUGGGCUGGGGUCGAAAUCAUUCUACAGAAAUUCACCCAAGGGAGGAAGAAUUCCCUUGAACUGCAAUGCAUCGAAAGUUUGGCUGCUGACUGCGAAAGCUUCCGAGUCAUCCUAGCCGAAGACGAGAAGCAGGUGUUGACAGUGAUCGAAAAGAAGGGAAUGAGCAGACAAUUCAUUGGAAAGAAAGUCAUAUUUGUUGACAGAGAUUCGGCAACCAUCGGCCAUGAUCAAGAGACCGUGAUAGAGCAUGACUCCAAUCACAAGGACCUUUGUAUGAUGUCGGGGGGGAGCGGAACACUUGAAAAGGUCUUUGAUUUUCUUCAUCCGGCGAUAGAUACCACAAGACAAGCCAUCGCGAAAAAGUCCCCAAAAUACGCAAGACCCUCCGUCUUCGAUGAAUCCACUGUCAGAGAGUACAUCAGUGAUGAAGAGGAUCUCGAGGCCGAUUUCAAAUCCGUGUCCAGCCCGCUCCGUGUUCAAGAUCUGUCCAUUCUAGGGCAGUCGGAUCCAAAUUCUUCAACGAAAUGGACCAAGGAAGCUACCACAGGCAGCGACAAGAUCAACCCCGACUUCAUUUCUGCAUUGAAAGAUUUCACUAUCCAACAUCGAGACCCUAUUUUGCCGUGCAAGAAUAUUCCAUUGCCCAGAGAUCCCGUUUUUUCUGGGCGUGAGGAUACACUAGCAAACAUUCGACAAGCUCUUUUGGCUCCUAUCCAGGAGCCAGAGAAUGAGUCCAACAGCUCUCUUAGCGACAUGAUCCCAUCGCUGAAUGUGUAUUCCCUCUGUGGUCCAGGCGGAAUGGGUAAAACCUCCAUUGCCAACGAAUUUGUUCACAGGUAUGAGAAGGAGUUUGAUGCAGUCUUCUGGGUCGCAGCGGACGAGGAGACCAAACUCCUCAACGGCUUUCGAGAGAUCGCUCCCAAACUUGGCACCAUUUCAAAGGCCGACGGCAAAGAUCCACCGGCUACCCGAGAAACGCUCUUGGCAUGGCUUGCGAACCCUCUCAGAUCGUAUGAGCACAUGGACCACGUCAAACCAGAAAGGGCAUCGUGGCUCAUAGUCUUUGACAAUGUGGACAGCGCCGACACGCUGGAGGACUUUUGGCCGAAAGAGGCUGCUGGCUCAGUUCUUGUUACCUGUCGGGACCCGUUGAUCAGAAGCUCCAUGUACUUGAGGAACACCGGAAUCAUCGUUCCUGAGCUAUUGGAGCAGGACGGAAUAGCUCUACUCCUUCAACUCACUGGUCGCGAGAACGACGAGGCUGAUUUAAAGCAGGCGCCUGACGUUGUUCGAGCAUUGGGAAGAUAUCCCCUUGCCAUUGCACAAAUGGCUGGAGUGAUAUUUGCUCGAGACCUCAGUUUCAACGAAUUUCUUGAGUUGUACUCUGAGGAGACAGAACGAAGAGAAAUGCUGGGAAUCUCAGAAGGACAAUCCGCUUCUCUCCGCAGGUACAACCAGACCCUUGGUACUGUCUGGGCCCUGGACGACUUGAAGGAGGGUAGGGCCCUGCUCGAAGUCAUAUCAUUCCUUGAUCCGGAUAGUAUUCCAGAAUCACUUCUCGAAAAGAAUCCGGCAUGCAAAGAUUGGGACCGCUAUCCCAAAACAGCAUUGGAAUACUCAAAGGCUCGUGCCGAGCUACUCUCAAGGUCACUGAUCUACAGGAACCGGGACAAGAAGACCUUGCGUGUCCACCGGCUGAUACAGGAUACGGUGAGAGCCCAGAUGGAUGAUGCAACGUUCAACGAAGUAUACUCUAGAACCCUGGAUAUGCUUGGUGCUCGGUGGCCAAGAGUUUUCAAAGGCUUCGGAAAUGUACAGACGGACUGGCAGCAAAAUGCUCUGCUCUGGGCCCACACCCUCUCGCUGUUCAAGUACCGAGAUCGCUUCGACCCGGCCGUUGCUCCCCAUGCUACUGCGAUCGAGCGGAUGGACUUCACUCUGGAUGUGCUGAUGUUCAGCAUUGCGGAUUCCAGAUUCAGUGCGUCGCCGACAUUGCUGGCCUUUUUCAGCUUCCUGAGAGACGCCGUGAGCGAAGAAAAUCCAAGUUUUGAGCUGCGGAUGAUUGACGCCACCUUUCACUAUCGCCGAGGAGAACUCGGACUGCACAUUAACGACCGCAAGCACCCUUUGCCCGAUUUCAUUGAAUGUGUCAAACAGCUAGAUCUACUCCUGGAUGAUGACGCCAAGAAAGCUGAUUCGUACUUUGGCGCCACGGUGAACGAGCUUGGCUGUGCCUAUUUGAUGAAUUGGAAUGACGAGGAUGCUCUGAUUGAAUUUGAGAGAGCAGUCACUAUUUUACAGAACCUGAAACACCCUUCAGCUCAGGAGACCACUAUGGCAUCAAUCAAUGUGGGAUUCGUGUACGGUUACCUUGGACGGUAUGACGAAGCUGUGCAAAUCUUCGAUCUUGCAUUGAAGCAGCGGAAUGCAGAGCUUGGUCGGGACGAUCAUUCCUCCUUUGUGAACGGUAAACUGUACAUGGGUUGGGGGAAUGUUUUGGCUGCCCAGGGUCGACUCGACGAAAGCUUCAAGUACCACGUCAAAUGUCUAGAGCAUUACAAAAGCUCUGUCGGCAAUUUUCACCAUCGAACCGGCGACGGAUGUGUAAAGGCUUCAGACCAUUUUGCUCGCACGGGAGACGGUCCUACCGCGCUUGCGUUGCUUGACCAAGCCCUCAAGAUCUUCAACCUUGACGCCUAUCACCAGCCGGAAGCUGCCAGAGCUCACUACAAGAAAGGAAACGUAUUGAAUAUGAUGGACCAAGAAGAAGAAGCCAAGGAGGAACUACAGACGGCUCUUGAAAUUUUCAACACCAUUGUUCCCCCGGAAGACCGUGUUGGAAGUAUCGACGAAUUGGACGACGAGGAUUUUGAUCAUUGGAUCAUCUUUUGGUCUCGGUGACAAGGGACUCCUCGAUUUACUUGGUACGAUAACACAGUGGCAGAUUGGUUUACGAAAGAUGUUUAGCAAAGAGUUCAGUGACUGAGGAAUGAAAAAUGUGGGCGUGUUGGCUUGAGUAAGAAAAUAAUUUUUGGACGUAACUUCGCAAUGUAUACCUUAAUCGGCCUACAUCCUGGACUAUUUUUUAAAAAAAAAAAAAGAAUAUCAC